GUCAGAAUCAGAUGUCUUCGUCUGUAAGCGAUUGUCUGUAGACGGUGACGGAUGUGUGUCUCCUGAGAAUGGCCUCCAUUAUUAUAAUUUCGGCGCUGCUCAUUGUUCCUUGUCGUUUGGCAUUCAAGAUACCGGAUAGUGGGUCGGCUGUAGCGAAUUUGUGGUCAGAAUUUGAACUGCAACUUCAGGACACUGUCUUCCAGGCAUUAGAUCGUCAUGAACGACAUCGUCGAGCUGCUCCAGUUCAAGACGUUUGGACAGGAUUCGUUCCCGAUCUUUAUCAGCAUCGAGAUCAAUUGGUGGUGGAUUCUGUGAACAUCGUUUCUUCCAACACGCUGCAAUGUCCAAGCCAAAAUGGAAAUGAAGUAUUGCUCGAUUCGGUGCAAUAUGAGAAACGGAGAUACACGUUAGUAACUUGUGGUGAUCGCCUCAACUUGUAUCGUCUGAAUUCUAACGCUCUUCAACUCAUGGACUAUAAAAUAUUGUCUGAUAGUGCAAUAUCCCUUGAGCAUUUCAAACUCUUCGACCCAGAAAGCGGCGAAAUUCUUCUAUUUCUGUUGGUAUUAACACCAAAAAGUCUAGAGGUUUACAAAGUUCACAAGGACACACUGGAACUCUCUGUUAACCAACAGCUUAUUAACGAGUUUGCAGGGUUGCAAGUGUUUGACGUGAAUGGAGAUAUUUUUUGCAUGUUAGCUAAAAAGACAGAUAAUCAAAUAAGACCUGGAAUCUUCAAGUUGGCCUUGAAUAAAGGCCAAAUUCACUUCGACCUGGUGACGACAUCCUCAUUCACCGACAACUCUCCGAUACAGAUAUGUACCGUUGAUGGCAAAGGUCAUCUGUUUCAUUACGACGUUGAUCAGAAACGGCUCAACACUUAUCUGUUUGACACUCUUCAACUAGAACAUCACCAGAUAAUUGAGGCAGAAGGAGUUAAGGAUUUUCAAUGUUUCCGGAUAGGUUCGACUCACUACUUGGCGUUUGCCACAUUUCAAUCUAUGAAAAUCUUCCAGUUCGUCGAUGGUUUCUACGAGGCAUUACAAACUUUGCCUCUUCAAGGCGUGUCGGUCAUCAAGCCUUUAUCGCCACCAACUUACCGCGACGAUACUUUUCUAUUAAUCAGUGGAUUUAAUGUGACGUCAUUUGAAGCUUUCGUCAAUAUUUUGCUGCUAGAUGCCUCGUCACUUACAUUCGUACCCAUGCAAUCGACUUGCUCCGAUCCAAUCGUUAUAGAUUCACCGCCUAAGAAAAUAAAACCUUCGGACAUUGGCUGCCUCACAUCUAUCGACAAUUUGGAUUUCAGCUCACUCACGUCAAUGAUUCUCGAUCAGCAAUUACUACUGGUCAUUUCUGAAGGAUCAGUAGGAUGGAUUUUUACAGUCGAUGUCCACUUGGAGCCUGUAGAAAAUCCUGUAGCCCGACAACUACUCGGAGUUCAAGGUCGCAUCGACGCGACUACUUCGGCGGCUGAAAAGGCUGGUGCCAAAUCGCGCGAAUUUCUCGAAUUUUCCAAAGGAAUAGUACUGUAUGAUAGUGACGUCAAACUGAAGGGCUCGUGGAAGGUGAGAACGAUUGAGGUACCGGAAGUUACACUGGAGAAAAUCAAUCAAACUGAAGUUGAUUUCAAUCCGGAAUCCUGGAUCCCCGGACUUGAUGUCAUCGUCGGUGAUAUCCAGAAAAAGAUGACUGAACUAGAAAGGCUGCUUGACGACAUUGAUGGUCGUUUACAAGGUACAAUCCAAAACGCUACUCAAGAUAACAUCGAUUUUGGACACCUUAUCGUCGACGGGUCAAUGUUAAUCAAUCAACUCGAAGUAACCAAAUUGUCUGUUGAGAAACUGAAUGGACUACCUUUCGACCCUUUGGUCACCGAUGUAGUCCGGCUUGAUUCUGAGCGAAUGAUAGAGAGUCUUGUGUUAAUGGGGACACUGACAACCGAUGCCCUUAGCGCCAAACAAAUCAACGGCAUUUUAGUUGAAGAUGUUCUUGUGAAAAGUGACAAACAUCCUAAAAUCACUGGUAACCUCAUCGUCAACAAUAAUGUUAGCGUUGUCGGAGACGUAAUCGUCGGUGGAACUGUUAACGGAAUCGAUUUGAGUAGUGAAAUUUUGACUUCAAAUGAUACCCAUGACUCAAUUAAUUUCGCUGAUGAUGUGAUCGUUGUCGAUUUAUCUGUCGAUGGACACCUGAACGGAGUUGAUGCUUCGCAUGUGCUACCUAAUGUCGUCGUCGAUAAAACACUUGACGUUCAGCUGGAUAAAGUCCAUUUCGACCAUUUGAUGAUAGACGGAAAUUUGGAGAUCAAAUCUGACAUGGUUAACAACAUCGAUAUUAUGGCUUUGAAUGCCAGCGCUAUUAGACUAGACGCUGACCAGCUUAUUGAAGGCAGCAUUGUUUUUAAACAAGGUGUCACUGCUGAAAAGUUUCUCCAAGUUGAAAUUAUCAACGGAAUUAAUUUUGAUGACUUCAUAACUAAAAACACAAGUUUGGACGACAUCAUCAUGACUGGAGAAAAAGUUUUCCAUGGGAAUGUCACCACCCGUGUACUUCAUGUCGAAAAAACGGUUAACAACCAUCAUCUUCACAACGCCCUUACACUCGAUACAAAUCAAACUGUUGAGGGAACAUUGCGUUUGCUAAAUGGAUUUGAAGUUCCUACUGGAGAUUUAACCGUAGAAAAUGUCAAUGGUGUUAACUGGAAAGCUGUCAGGGAACACGGAGUACAUCCUGCUAUCUUAAAGCUGCAAGGAAUAAAUAAGAACGUCACCAUUCGUAAUUUAUGCUCAAUUGGUGGCUCUUUGGCUGCCGGACACCUAAAGGUAAACGGAGAAAGCCUUGAAGACCUCCUGAACGACAUUGUUUAUUCCAAUGGCGACGACGUUAUAAUAACUGGCCCCAAGAAAUUUUCCUCAUUGAAGAUAAAUAGUCUGCAGGUUAACGGCUACAUAAACGGGUUGAAGUUAUUGGAGGAAUUGCUUACAUCCAGCACUGAUCAGACUAUUACUGGCCGCUACGAUUUCCAACGUUUUGUCGACUUUUCUGCGCUGGAUGUUAAGGGCCGUCUUAACAAAUAUAAUUUGGAUGAGCUGCUAGGAAGUGUAUUGCAAUUUGACGAUAACUUCAAUUCGGUAACAUGCCGCUUGAAAUUCUACCACGUCAGUGUUAGUGAUGAAAUCAUAGUCAACGGAUCUAUCAACGGUUUUCCCACGGAUUUAAUGGUGCUCGACGGUGUGGAUCAAACCUUCACUGCACCACAAAAACUAGUCUCUCCGGAUUUCAGUUCUUUGACCAUUGGCGGCAAUCUGAAUAUGACGGACGCUACAAACCAUGUCAACGGAUUAGAUUUGGAUCUCUUCGACCGCCGAAGAGUUACCGUCUCCACGGAUCAAUGGAUUAGAGGCGCUUGGGCGGUCGGUAAUAUUUCAAGAGAUACACUUUCAUUCCGAACACUGAACGGCCUCACUGUGGACAAGUGGAAAUCGUCUUUCGUACACGCGCACUCCCCAACUGCUCAGACAAUCAAAGCUGAUUUAUUCGAUAUAAAUGUGUUGGAAGUCAAAGGCGACAUCAUGACUUCAUCGAAUAAAAUUAACGACUACGACCUUCACUGGCUAAGUCAAGUGGCUGGAGACAUACGAGAAAAAUUAAUUUUUAACACUAGCGUGUCCUUUGAGCAUCUGGAAUCGGAGCAAAUUCGUGUAAGCGGAACUGUGAACGGCUUCUCGCUUCAGCGACUCAAGGACGACGUUGUCCAUCAUAAUCAAAAGCCCCGCGUUACAGGAGUCAAGAAAUUUAAAACAAUUCAAGUGAAAGGAGAUGUGGACGCCGAACUGGUGAACGGCCGCCGUUUACUCGACUCAUUUUUGCACAUCAGCGCCGACCAAACGAUCGAAUCACCUAUUAAAUUCGCAGAUCAAGUUAUUGCUGGCGAUAUGAAAAUGAUUGGAGACUCGACUACUCUCAACGGGGUACCAAACUCGCUGCUGUUCUCCUCCCAAACGCUGACUCAUAACAUCCACCGCGGUGACAUCAUUUUCGAGCAACAGAUCGAUGUAGACUCUCUAGAGAUAAAAUCACUACAGGGCGAGAAUUGGGAGCAGUUAGUUUCCUCACUGGCACGAAUCAAUGAUACAAAUAUAUUCACGGAGACUGUUACAUUCACCAGUCCCGUCAAGAUUGAAGGCGCGUUAUCGGUUGGAGAGCUGAAUGGUGUCGACGUGAAGAAGUUUAUCGAAGACGUUGUUCUUGUCGAUGUCGAUGCAAACAUUACGUCUCCGAAAUAUUUCGAUCAGCUGGAAACUGCUCGGCUGUCUACACACAGGCUGUCAAGUGAUUCCGUGUAUCCGGAUAUAAUUAGCACAGCGAGAGAUGCCAUUCGGCUUGACGUCAGUGAUAUUGUGAACGGAACAAUGGUUUUUGAAACAAUCUCAGUCAACCGGAAUGUGAAAGUUUCCAAGCUGAACGACCAAUCUUUUCCUUCUGGCUUUGUUACGCUAGACACUGACCAAGAGCUACCUGACUCCAUGGUGGUUGAUAAAAUAAUCAUGCUCGGUGACAUCAUACUGGAAGACGGAGCCCGAGUUAAUGGAUUCGACCUCAAGGCGGAAUGUGUAAACACUUGGAUGGUGGAUGGGGACGAAAAGAUUGAAUCGCACAAAGUCUUCCAAGGCCAAGUCGAUUUAUCAGGAAACCUCACGGUUACUCAGAAAGUGAACGGAAUACCUGACUUUGGACAGGAAGUUGUUAUGCUUGCGAAUGUUGGAUCUGUCUAUGGAGCUCCGCAAUUCAGUGACCUUACGAUUAGUGGUAACGUUGUGAAUGUUGGACUGACAAAUGAUAUUGAUUUGGCUGAUCUGGCAUCGCGAGCGCUCUACCUUGAUGCGCCUAUCAACACCAAUGCCGUAUGGUCCUUAGGAAAUGCUAUAAUUCAUGGCGGAAAUUUCCUGCUACCAGUUGAAGCCAAGAUCAAUGACAAUUCUUUCAACGUUGGCCAGUUAACUGGCAUUACUAGCUUCGUCGAACCGCGAAUUCUAAAGGUAGAGGAAAGAAACGUAUACAAUGCAGCCUUACAAUGGCAUGAUGCGUUGCGACACGCGUAUUUCAAGAUGGAUCACUUGGAUCUCAGUCAGACCAUCGGUCUGCCGCACCAAGUCACUGCGCUUUCCGAAUUACAGAUGAACGACACUUCACUUCUCUUCAUAGGGACCCGUGGAGGUUCAAUGGUCUACAGUCGCAAGUCAAAUGAAACAAGCUACAGUCUAGCUGGCAUUCCUCCGGACACGGGCAACGUGUCGAAAUGGCUUGCGUUGCCACCUGAUUCUGCAGCGAGUCUCUCUACAACUGGAACAAAACUUUGGCGCAUCGUUUCGGUUGAUCCUUUCCGCAUGGACUUGGUUGAGGAUUUUGGAUCAGAUGUGGUGGACAUAACUGACGAAGCUAUCCAUAAUCUUCGAUCGGUGUCGACUAGCGGAAAUGCCAGUAAAACAAAUCCAGCAGUGACGUCGUUGGGUGGAGUGCAAGUGUACGAGCGCAUGAAGACGCCAGCAGAAAUGUCCAAUUCUAACGGGCAAUGGAAUUCCGAUUACAAGAUGCACAACUUCCGCUUGGGUUCCAAAUCGAUGAUUGCCCUCAUCAUGUCAUUCUCACCCGAAUUAUUGGCAAGUGUUGUUGGUUGUCCGGGUGUGCGUUUAUUUAGCACAAACACCGGUUCCAUGAAGUUGGAACACAUUAUUCCAGCUUGUGACGUCCGCGCCAUCACAACUUUCAGUCACGGUAACUUGCCUGAUGAUUAUCUUCUGUUGGCUGAGCACGAGGCCGUUACCGUCUACCACUACGAAGGGGCCAGUGGAUACGUUCAAAAAUUCCGACUUCCUUACCCGACUGCCACUGCUCUUCAUUCUUGGUCCAUCAAAUCUGGAAGUGACAGUGAUCUUCUUGUGGCUGUUGCCAAAGCUGACCGUGUAGCCAUUCACAAUUCUGUUACGGUUGGUGAUUAUAUUGUGGAUUGAUUAUUUAAGUUUGUAUAUUAUUGUUGUCGAUGAAUGUGUUGACACAUAUUACAAUUAAUCUAAUCCUCAUUUUUUUUCUGGAGUUUCAGAUUUUGUAGCUUGUAGCAACUUGCGCAACAGUGGUCUGGCUAGCGUGGUAAUUAUUUAAAUAGCGAUCAUUUGGUUUGAAGGUAACUCCGUACCCGUCUCGGUAAUAGGUACCUAACUCCAUGACUAAGCAAUCUAUGGAGAGACUACAUUUAGGUAGCCAGCAUCUAUACUUUCACAAUGGAGCCUACUUUAUUCGCUGAACAAAGAACACUUGUUUAGAUUUCUAAAGAAUGACGAAUUGUAAAGACAACGUUGAUGUUUUAUGGUGAAAUCAGUUUCUGAGGGACAAGAAUGGAUUGUGACUAGGCCAAGUGGUAGGGGCGUUGUCGAUUUCGGGAAAACCUGCAUAGCGGUGAGAAACCUUGACCUAUCUGAGAUUCUCGAUUCCGCCAUUACGAUUGAAAUGGAGAUAAACCCGCAUUUUCGGCUUUUUUUAUAGCUCCAUGCUCCAACUGUGCUUGAAAUCGAUCAGACCCAAAAACAAUAUUUACCAUACUCUUUAGUCGUUAUAACCUCCAAAAUCUCUCCAGUUAGCACAGAUGACUCAGCCAAAUGUACACGACUGUGAUAUAACAAAACUUAUGAUAGCAUCACUACGAUAGUACGAUACAGUAAAAUGUGCCGUGUUAACAGUGUAUGGCUACCGUAGAAGGAACAAACACGUUUAGAAAAUAUUUGCUCUACACUCGAGCUGGUUUUCCAACGCAGUAUUACGCCAGACUUCCGUGUCUUUUGGUGCCGCGCGCAGAAGGUCGGUCAAUCGGAAGUUGAAACGCCCAAAAAAGUUGGGUGUGACUGCAAAGCAUUCUGGGAGUGGGUGUUGGCCUUCCGUCUCAUGACCUUCUUAAUCAUAAUGUUUAUUCCUUUUCUGGUAUGAGAUUGAUUUCUUUCCUCUGAUUAAUGCCCAUUUCAAGGUGAUCCCGUACACUGAUUUGUUCGUGACUCGGCCGUUUUUUGUUCUACCUAUUUAAUUACCAACCUGUCGCGGAUGGUUUACACCAGUUUAUACUGCACGCUUAUGCCGCUUGCCUUUCUCUUUUUCGAUUGUAGAACUAUAGUAAAUUUUUUUUGCCUUUGAAGGGUGACAACCAACAUCUCUUUCAUGCGAGAACGAAAAAAGAGGCAGGAGCAAGAGUGGACUGGUUAGUCUAUCGUAAAUCCCCUUUGGCUGUGGACGGGUCCAUCGAGUGUUCUUAGAAAUUGUGCAACUCAAGAACGAAUUCCUCCCAGAUAUUUUGAAGUAGUCGCCAGUGGUUUGCUACUCCUCACUCAUCAAGCACGGUAUUAGUAAUCGUUUUAAUUAAAACAAAUUAAAAAAAUUGCAGUUAAUUAAACAAAGACAGAGUUUGUUUCGCCAUUCCAAAGACCAAAGAGUCGAGGUGAAAACCCAGACAAACCUGUUUUUGUUGUCAGAACACGAAGAAUUUAAGGAAAUGUUGGCUUCAGCAAUAAUAUUUGCGGCUGCUGUCGCGCUAGUAUCGGCAAACAACGCUCCAACCUAUCCUAGUGAUGUCUCCAGUACGGCCGGCAAUUCUUAUGAGAGUUAUCCUCCGUUUAAUGGUGCAAAAGUUCCACAAAAUGGGAAACCAUCUAAUUCUUCUUAUCCUGAUGAUGGCUGUGGAGACUACUCUGUCCGAUUUAAAGGCGAUGGAUACUGUUAUCCUCUUCUGAAGAAAGGCCCUUGCGAGAAUGUGUUGUUUUGGAUUACGGUCGACCCCUAUACUUAUGAGGGAAUAUGUACUCCUCGCCUUUGUGGUAGAGAAAAAGUGUUCGUCGGUCGAGAUGGUCUUUGUCACGAUAUUUACGAUACUAAAGAGUGCCGCGGAGGUAGGCGUCUUUAUUACUCGGCUUACGGAGAUCCAAUUUGUGAUUGUCCUGUUGGGCAAUAUCCAUUCCCAUCAGAGGAAGACGAUUGCGUUCCUUUAUUUACCCAAGGACCGUGUCCAACUUAUCAGGUUGUAUCCGUUAGUUCAUCAGGUAAAUUAGAGUGUGCCCCCAACACUUGUCAACUCGUUGAUAGAUACCAAGAUUUCCUCCUGCAAUUGGUCCCAGUUAAACAAUCAAGAAUAAGUAACGAUGACGAAGACGAUGAAUAUGGAUACUGCUAUGCGUUAGGCACUCGAGGACCUUGCUCACCUUCUGAACUUUUUGGUUACAACAUCUUUAGCUCUCAGGGAGAGUGUGUUGACAUGGAUGACCCUAGAACGCCAUACUUUUCUUCUCCGGAAGAGAACGCAAUUUUAGAUGAUGUCUUUGAUCGGGCCGCAAACGAACCCAUAAAAACAAAGAAUAACAAAAGUAAUACGUUUUUUCGUGCACAACGUUUAUCAAGAAAACGAAGACAAGGACCCAAUACUUUUGGGAUAUUCCAACAGCCAAGUAGAAUUCCAACAUCUCUCCUAAAUCCCUGCCAAACUGGCGGUCGAAACGGAAAUAAUUUCAAGUGUGCAAAUCCUUUGGUUCCUAGUAGACCAGUCCGCGACGUUAGUCAGCCUGUCAGUCCUGCUUUCGGUUGCCGACCAAAUGAUUUCUUGCAAGCUACUGGACAAUGCGGUAGCAACCGUGGGCCAGCUAGCUGCGGACCUUCCUACCAAUUCAUCCCAGCUACAAACCAAUGUAGACCACGCUUUUGAUAAGGAAUUGCCUGAAAAAGAUUCGAUACAGUUAUAUUAUUAAAUUCCGAUAAUUUGUAUUUCGGCCUGGUAUCCUUUUCGUAAUUAAUUGUUCCGACUAUCUCACUUGGAAAACUUAUCUAUUUUAGGAAACAAACCGGCAUAUAAGUAAUUAAACAAGAUAGUGGAUAAACCUAAAAUUCACUUCUCAAUAUUUGUAUAAGAAAUUUCGUAAUUGAUGCGAAAAUACAAGUCUCUUGAUAUCGCACGGUUAUCAAAA